UACAUCGUCCUAAACACGUGUACUCAGCUGCUUGACGUUUAUAGGCUAGUUUUAAUCAGUGGUGGUGUCUUUUAUUCAUUUCACUAGAUUUGUUGCAAGUAGAUAAUAAGGGUAAAUCGUUUAUGAUUAGUGUCAUGGAUCAGUGAUGCGUUUGUUUGUUUCUUUUUAGGUGUUAAGUGUGUUCAUAAGUGCGUGAGACAUGAACAUGAGCAGCAGUUUCAGUCUUUGUAGAUUUGCUUUGAGGAAAUGUUUGUCUCGACGCCUUCAAGGAGACAUUUAUGACCGAUAUUAUUGCUCUAAAUCAUCUUCUGCUGAUCAGAGCAGAGUGAUGCAGUUAAAAACUAAAAUGGCAUGUGGUCCCAGUUUUCAGGACUUUAUCAAGAGUUCUGACAAGAGCUUUGAUGCUUGCAAUGAUGAAUAUGAGGAGCACCUCAUUCCUGAAUGCACAACAGAGCCCUCACAGAAAGUGUAUUUUGAGACGUACGGCUGUCAGAUGAAUGUCAGUGACACUGAAAUUGCUUGGUCCAUUCUUCAGAAAGCGGGAUAUUUACGGACACAUGAGCUGCCAGAGGCAGAUGUUGUAUUGCUUGUCACUUGCUCCGUAAGAGAAAAGGCAGAGCAAACAAUCUGGAACCGACUCAAACAUCUCACUGCCUUAAAGACGAGGUCUCAAAAACACAACAGUUCAUUAAAAAUAGGUGUCUUAGGUUGCAUGGCGGAAAGACUAAAGUCUAAAUUACUUGAGCAGGAGAAGUUGGUGGAUAUUUUGGCAGGGCCAGACGCGUACAGAGACCUGCCCCGAUUACUGUCUCUUGCUUACGGAGGUCAGAGGGCCAGUAAUGUGUUGCUAUCAUUAGAGGAGACUUACGCUGAUGUCAUGCCUGUCCAUCAAACUCUGGAGGGUCACAGUGCUUUUGUGUCCAUCAUGCGUGGCUGUGAUAACAUGUGUAGUUACUGUAUAGUGCCUUUCACUCGUGGCAGAGAGAGGAGCAGACCCCUGUCUUCCAUAUUGGAGGAGGUCCGCGUGCUCUCAGAUCAGGGGGUGAAGGAGGUCACCCUCCUGGGGCAGAAUGUGAACAGCUAUAGAGACUUGUCUGAACAGCAGUUUACCUGUUCUGAGGGAAGCACUCAGCUCAGCCGAGGCUUCAAGACCGUGUACCGUACAAAACAGGGAGGUCUCCGCUUUUCAGACCUUUUGGACAGAGUAUCCCUAAUUGAUCCAGAAAUGAGGAUCCGCUUCACCUCACCACAUCCUAAAGACUUCCCUGAUGAGGUGUUACAGUUAAUUCAGGAGAGAAGGAACAUUUGCAAGCAGAUCCAUUUGCCAGCACAGAGUGGCAGCAGUCGUGUUCUUCAUGCUAUGAGACGUGGUUACACCCGAGAGGCUUAUCUUGAUCUAGUGAAAAACAUUCGUGAAAUAAUCCCAGGAGUCAGUAUAAGUAGUGAUUUCAUCACAGGAUUCUGUGGAGAGACUGAAGAAGAUCAUCAGCAGACGCUUUCCCUUAUCAGGGAGGUGGGCUAUAACGUGGGAUUUCUCUUCGCAUACAGCAUGAGGAAGAAAACCCAUGCAUAUCAUCGACUGCAAGAUGACGUUCCUGCACCAGUAAAAAGAAUGGCUUCUUCUCCUUUCCUGGUAACCUGCAUCACCUGUCAUAUGUAUAGUUUAUCAAUCUCUGUCGGCAGCGAGGGAUUCACAUGUGAUAAAUGCAGGGAAAUAGUUAGGCUGACAGAGAAGAUUUCAGAACUAGAGAAACGCAUCCAAACUUUAAUCGAGGAUAGUAAGAAUGUGAGGGCAUUAGAUAUGGCUUUGGAUGCGACUAUCUUAGGAAGUCCCGUACAUUGUUCGGUUCCGGUAACUUCGCCUUUGCAGCAGGGCAACUGGGUGACUGUGAGACGGCAUAGUCGCGGGUCAAAACACCGCUCUUCCGUUCCGAUCAGAACAUCAAACAGGUUCUCCCCACUCAGUGACGCACCCACUGAGAAACCUGAUCAAAGUGCUCUAGUUAUUGGCGAUUCUAUUGUACGGAACGUGAAAAUAGAGACACCAGCCACCAUAGUCCAGUGUUUACCGGGAGCCAGAGCGCCUGACAUCUUGGCAAAUUUAAAAGUGCUGGCUAAUGCUAAACGUAAAUUCAGUAAGAUCGUUAUUCACGUCGGCACAAAUGAUGUUCGACUUCGCCAGUCGGAGAUCACUAAAAAUAAUGUUAAAGAGGUGUGUGAACUUGCAAGUAUGAUGUCAGACACUGUAAUUUGCUCUGGCCCCCUCCCUGCGUAUCGUGGUGACGAGAUACAUAGCAGACUGUCGUCACUAAAUGGCUGGAUGUCUAAGUGGUGCCCGCAGAAUAACAUAGGUUUCAUAGACAAUUGGACAAGUUUUUGGGGCAGACCUGACCUGUUGAAAAGAGAUGGUCUUCAUCCCUCCAGGGGUGGUGCUGCUCUUCUCUCUAGUAAUAUGGCAUAUAGUCUUAGAGUUUGCACUUGA